AUGGGUACCCAAGAUCUUGCUCAAUGGGAACGCACAAUUGUUUUCUCGAAUUAUCAGGGCGUCGUGGCAGUUAUCAACGAUCUCACUAGACUGUUACUCGGUCUCUGCAAUCUGACCGCAAUCAAAAGACUUUUUGCAAGUCUUCGGGAUUCGAAGAUACAGCAUCUGUUGAAGCACUUGGCUGUGCUUGUGGUGGCGAUAUGUUACUGCCCUUUCACUUUCGCAGGCCGACCAACAUUCGACCAAGUUCUCCCUGCGAGCCUUAGAAUGACGAUAUGGCAGGGGUCUGAGCAGAUUCUCAGUGGAGAAGAUCUUCUAGGCCCCAUAAUUUUCAAAGCGGUUAUCCUUGGUUCGCUAGCGGUGCUAGUCUCUGGCAGAACAGGCAGGAGCCGACCUCUUCUACUACAUCGGAGGAAUCAGCGUUCUCUUGCUGACGUUCUAUGUGAUGAGCUCGCCGGUGUUCGUCUUCCCUCACUUGGGAUUGGUAAGCUUUNNNNAUACCAGGGUGUGUUCUGGAGUUUUGCCGUGGUCUGUUUGGCUAUGGUUAUCUUUGUUCUGUUGAUUGUCCCAGAGACAAAGGGUAAGACAUUCGAAGAGAUCCAGGCGUACUUCAGUAGGAGAUAUGGGAGCAGAUCUAAAAAUGUCGACGCUUCCGUUAAGGUGGAUGUCGAAAAUGCUGCUCGGUCGGAAGGAGUAUCUUAUUAG